AUGCCGUUCAGUAAAGCAGCCGAGCAGAUUGUUGAGCAGAUGCCAUCUCCAGAUUACCAGGGCAUGGGCCGCGGGACGAGGGAGACUGUGCUGGGCACGCUGGGGAAGGCGACGGUUCUGUGGAUCCCCCAGGAAUUCCAGAACCUCACCCAGAGCUUUGGGAUGGCCGUGUGGAAGCGGGACACAGAGGACCCGCAUAGCAAGAACGUUCUGCUCAAGUACUUGGAUGGAAACUACACCAACUACAAUCCGAGCCAGAACCGCUUCCACUCCUCCAACUUCUCGCUAGAGAUCCUCAACACCAAGCGGCAGGACCAGAGGCUCUACGAGUACAUCAUCAGCAAGGACGCGGAGGAGAAGGUCUGGCAGAUACAGCUGGAAGUGUAUGAGCCGGUGUCCGAUCCCGACAUCCAGGUCCUCAGCUGGGCUCUGGCCAACGACAGCUGCACCGUCACCCUCAACUGCAUGGCGGCCAGGGGGGACAACGUGUCCUACAGCUGGGCCGGCCUGGAGGCCAGCACCUCAUCGCCCUGCGCCCACAACGGCAGCCUCCUGCACCUCUCCUAUCACCUCAACGCCAGCAGCCUGGCCUGCGCCUGCACCGCCAGCAACCCUGUCAGCAGCAGCGCCGUCACCUUCAACUCCUCCGCCUGCAGCUUCGAGCAGCGGGGCAGCGCCAGGCCGGGGCCGAACCUGGUGCUGGCAGUGGCAGUGCCCAUAGCGGUUGCGCUCAUCUUCGUCGGGGUCUUCACUGCCAUACGCACGGGCCAGCUGCGGAAGCAUGCGCCAUUCGCCGAGGACAGCGAGGUGCACACCAUCUACUCCCAAGUGCAGCGGGUGGAGAAGCAGAAAAUCCCCUGCAGUCCCCCUGGCACGGAGCACCCCUCCUGCACCACCAUCUACGCCGCAGCCACCGGCUUGCCCCCGGACACAGCCCAGAGCCCCGACACGGAGCCCACGACGGUUUACGCCAGCGUGACGCUGCCCAUGAUCUGA